CUAGAAAUAUGUACAGUUUAGAUACUAGAAAUGUGUAUUGUUUAGAUACUAAAAAUGUGUAAAGUUUAGAUACCAGAAAUGUGUAAAGUUUAGAUACUAGAAAUGUGUAUAGUUUAGAUACUUAUAGAAAUGUGUAAAGUUUAGAUACUAGAAAUGUGUUAAGUUUAGAUACUAGAAAUGUGUAUUGUUUAGAUACUAGAAAUGUGAAUAGUUUAGAUACUAGAAAUGUGUAAAGUUUAGAUACUAGAAAUGUGUAAAGUCUAGAUACUAGAAAUGUGUAAAGUUUUGAUACUAGAAAUGUGUAAAAUUUAGAUACUAGAAAUGUGUAAAGUCUAACAGGGUGAUGAAAACGAAAAUACUCGUUUCAAGGAAAUUGAAGAAACUUUUUGUUUCUUUGCUGUUGUUAUUGUUUGUAGCGUACUGCAUACUUAUAGGUUUGCAUGGUACAAGAUUAUCAAAACUAAGAAAACUAAAGGAAACUUGGCAAAGAGAAGAGACGAACAAAAAGCAUGAAAAAACCUCAAAAAUUGCGGAUUUGAUGAAGAGAAAACUGAGGGAUGUUGACACGACUAAGGACAAUUGGAACCAGAUCAAAGGAGAACUAAAGAAGACGACUGGGGGAAAAGUAUUGAAGAAAAAUCAAAAUGACGUUAAUAGAGAGUUUCCUGAGCAUCCUAUACAAGUUUUAAUUCUUGCAUAUCCGAGGACUGGUUCCUCCCUAUUAGGAGAAUUGUUGUCCAAAUCUCCACAAGUUCAAUACAUGUUCGAACCCCUUCAUGCUCUUAGCCAGAGAUUUAAAAUUUUUAAUCAAGAAAGAAAUCUGAUUUCCCCCCUGAUAGAAGACAGGAGAGGAUGCACUUCAGAGGAGUUUUCAUGGAAAGCUUUUAUGGCCCCUUUUAAGGAUCCAGUGUAUAGGUUUAUGGAAGGUUUGUUUACAUGCAACAAUAAUUCUCUAAACAUUUUAAACAGGGAUAAGUUUAUUGUUGAGAAGAGUAAAAUGGAAAACUGUACUACAAGAAAGCAUACAGUUAUAAAAACAAUCAGGAAAGUUUUCUCCAAUAAGUCAGGUUUCUGGUUUAAAGGGACUGUACGCCGACGCGGUUAUUUCAUGUCACCUUCCAUGCUAAGAUGGCAAUGUCCUAUUCAAAGAUGUCCAUGUUUAAAGUUUUAAAACUGCAUGAUUAUUUUGCUUUCUCUACAAAAGUGACUUGUUCAUUUCUACUGCGUGAAAAUGUAUAGGAAUUAUCAGAAUUAAGAACUUUAUGCCUAUAGAAGGGUAUCCUUGUGAAUCCCCGGCAUCUUAGCAAAUCGGUUGACUUGAAAUUAUCCUUAAAGUCCCUUACAGUCCCUUACAGCCCCUUACAGUCCCUUAUAGUCCUUUACAGUCCCUUACAGUCCCUUACAGUCCCUUAAAGUCCCGUACAGUCCCUUACAGUCCCUUACAGUCCCUUAUAGUCACUUAAAGUCCCUUAAAGUUCCUUAAAGUUCCUUAUAUUCCCUUAAAGUUCUUUAAAGUCCCUUAUAGUCACUUAAAGUCCC